AUGGGGAUGCACUCGGUGACCCGAACUCUAAGUUACGUGAGUGGCAAGGAGGAGGCCAUGAAGAAGGGGAGCGCGCUGAGCGAAAUUAACGAGCCCUUCUUUAUCACCUUCGAUGAGUACCACCUGCCACUGCUCCAGCACAGGGUUUUCACCGACUGGAGGGUGCUGGUGGUUGCCUUCACCACCUUGAGCGGCUCAAACUACAGGGUGAUCUACGUGAGACCGAUGUGCACCGGCCUUGGUGUAUUGGGCGGCGACGAAAUUAAGGAGGGAGUGCGUGAGGUGGCGCAUUACAUCUUUGACGUGCCAAAACUGAAGAAGAUGUUCCUCGGCGCCGUCGCCGACAAUUGCCCCGCCAACAACCUUGCGAAGGAUUACCUCCUGGGCCUGGGAAUUCCCGUCUUGUACGACCACGAGCAUCUAUGUGGCCGAUUCGCAAUGAAGAGCCUGAGGGACGUGCGCCUCAGAUGGGUGUACGAGGACGCAGCGUUCCGGAAGGCGUCGUACAAGGCGGUAAUGACCCAGCUCAGGAGCGCACCGGCCUUGGAUGGCCAAGCGGCGGAGUAUUCCGUCCAGUUAGAAAGGAUAGAGUCCUUCCUGGAUAGGGCCUUCGCUGCGACGGAUCCAUCCAAGGUCCGGUUGCGAAAAGUCAACGCUCGGUUGUUCGAGAGCAUAGUAGAUAUGCCGGAACCAGCCGUAUCGGACAACUAUAAUCGGAAAUCGGAAUAA